AUGUGUGAUGUGUACAGAGUCUCCUCCUCUGUUAAAGUGCAGCAGAUGGAGGCAGAGCUGUCUCAUCAAAUCUCAGCACUGAAGACAGAGAUUGAAGAAAAUGGAUUUCCCAGAGGAGGAGCACCCUCCAGAUGUUACAGGUGUGGCAACUUUAAUGUCUUUAUCAUUCGGUAAAAAGUCCUUUUAAAGUGAUUUUUAUAACUUUCAAGACUAAAAUACUGUAAAUAAUUUAAGAUUAUUAUUCCCAAAACUAAUACUUCACCAUGUUACACCGUAGUUUGUAUGCAAGCAGAUUCCCGAUGUAAACUGUGCAUUAACAUACUUUCAUGUAUCUCAAAAGUGUAUUCACAGAUCCUCUAAUGUGCUUAAAUACUGUGUCGUAAAUUUUAAAUCUUCAUUUGUCUUUUCUUUCCUGUUACACAGCUCUUAUGCUUAACUAAACGCCAAAGAAUAAAAAUGGUUUUUGGGACAUGAUUUAAAAAUAGAAAAAAAGUGCGGGAUGUUUUAAUCUUUAGUGACAAUUUGUUCUACAAUUUGGGAGCCACAGCCGAGAAAGCUCGGGUGCCGCGGGUUUUUAAACGAGUUUAGGGACGAGUUGGAGGUGAUCAGUAGACCUCAAGGAAUGUGGGGGGGUAUAAACAUUUAAGAGGUCAGAGAUGAUAAAAACAUCAACAGAGAGAUAAAAACAAACAAUAAAAUUUUAAAUUGAAUUCUAAAAUGAACAAGAAGCCAUACAGUGAUAUUCAAAGGACUUAUUUUAGGAGUAAUUUCUGGCUUUGUUUCAGUUCUGUUCUCCCUCCAAAGGAUGUUAGUUUCUUCCGUGCUGAAAGGGAACAUGUUCUGAAGAGAGGGCUUCAGGUAAUCUUCUUUAAUUUUUAUAAAACACAGCCUGACAGCUGCAGAAUAUCAAGUUGUUUCUAGUUUCAGGGAUACAUGCAUAAUGUUAAUUUAAAACUGAAGCAUUUCCUGAGCUCUACUCAUGUUUUGGUUGCAGGUGGCUGAAGUUUUAGCUGUUCAGUCCUCUGCAGACAUCAUGCAGAGAGAGCUGGAGAGUUGCCUGAGUUUUGAGUACACUCCUGACGGUCUGCCUCUCCUGCUGCACCAGGUUAGGACAGAGCAAACACUGCAGGAAACAAAAUGUUGUUAAAAAUAGAUAAUGCAGCAGAAAAUGAAGAAGAGAAAGGUCAGUCACAUCAGUUUUCCUUUUGUGUUUAUUUCUCCACAGUUCUUCAUGGACAGAUCAUACCGUCUGGCUCAGAUCAAAUAUCUGCUCAUGCUGAGAUGGAGGAGAUUCUGCCGCCACACCAGCGUCAUUGAGAAGCUUUAUCCUCAUUAUAAGGUGACACCCUGAGCUGCAUCCUGGCUAAACAUCAAAGACUCAUUUCUACAGGCAGUUUUCAGCUGGUGUCUCAUCCUCUUUACACUUCAUUUUCUACAACUGCAGGGGUUUAAAGAGAAAACAUAAUGAAGACAGCGAGGAGCUCUACCUCUGUAUUGAUGGUUAAAACAGCUUCUGGAGUAGUUUUGUUAAAAUUAGGUUGCAGUAAAUGCUUUUUUAAAUUUCUGUUUAACCCGCCUUUUAUUCAUUUGACACUUCAGGUUGAUAAAAGUCCAGAAAACUUAUCUAAACUUUAAAAGAGUUAGAUUUAAAAGCCAUCUUACUAUCACAGGAAACAUGGACGAGAGGGUUUUAGUAUUUGCAGUGGAAAUACAGUACAAAAAUAUGAGUCCGUUUACUUAGUAGAGAGAGAAUAUUAGGAGACAAAUACUUCAGACUGCUCUGAACAUGAAAUGUUUGAGUAAGGGUUUAAUAUUCCUGCUACUGGGAGAUAGCCGCUUAAUCCAAACAGUGUCAAGCAAUUAAUUAUGUGUUUCUUUCUUAAGUGUCCUAGCUCUGUGUGUGUUAUGAAGAUAAAAACUGUUAUAUAAAGCUCCCAAAACUCUUCUACAAAUGUUGUAAACACCAAAAGUCCGUGUAGAGACGACAUUUUUAAAGUGAAGUUUUUUAUUUAGGAUAAUGAGGGUAGAGGUUUGGGAGUUAAUUAAAGUUUCACCACCUGUACUCGACCGUCGGGCUGAAUAUUAACCGUCAUAUUUUGUCUGACUCACUCUCCCUCAGGAUCAGAUGUUUUAUUUGACAAAUGAGUACGAGGAUGCGGUUCAGAGAGCCCGCAGACUGUCCACCAGCAGAGAGAAGAUCCUCACCGGCCGUGGAAACACCGCCGACCUGCUCACUCAGGACGAUGCGCUCAUUUAUCUCCGAUGGCUCGUCUGCCAUCUGCACUCUGUUCAGACUGUUCACAACUUUCUCAGGGUAAGAGUUCACUCUUUGUUGCGGUGAUUUGGAUUUUUGAGUCAAUGCUGCGUAAAUUAUAACAAAAGGUAAAACCGAAUUACAGAAAAAAAACUCCUCCUCAGGUGCUGCACUACUUACCUGCAUGUGAAAGAAAAGCUGAACCACAACCAAAGAAUAAUGAAUCCACUUUGACUCAACAUUGUGAUGGUAAGAACCUGUUUGUGUAUAGUAGCAAAUACAUAGAGGCUAAAAACUUCCUACUGAAUGAUUCAAAAAGUUGCAGAAGAACGAAGAAAAAGCACAGGUGAUCACAGAAUAAAUGCAUCUACAGGUUUCCCAGGAUUGUCUGUUCCUCUACUGACAGCUCACCUGGAGGAUAUUCUACCUGAGCUCCAGGGUUUGAUCGAUUACUUCCACCUGUCCUACGACACCCAAAAUCUCAGGACCACCGCAGAUGAGAUGGAGUUAUUCUCCAUGGUAGUGAUUUCAAAACAAACCCCUAAAACUCUGCGAUGUCCAAGUGUAUGCACUCAAAUGACAAAUCCUCCUGGAUCUUUGUCUCAGGUGUGGAGGGAGUUCAGACAGAUUUUCAGACGACAGGAGGAGAUGAGAACGUUCCCUCAUUAUGAUUGUUCGGAGGUCAAACAGAGCCAGUGGGGGAGGAAGAGCGCGAGCCAGGCUCUGAGGAAAGAGGCCAACUGGAUCCCCUUCAUACAGGUACGACCACAUGAACCAAACAGUCUCUCCAAAUACUUUCUUAGUUCUCCUGAGCGGACAGAUGGAGAACUUUAAUGUGCUAUCUUUGCACUUCACUGUUUUUGCCAAAUUUGAAGGACUUGCCUCAAACUCUCAAUGUUGCUGACACUCAGUUUGCCGUGAGAAUUUCCAGUAAAGCUUUGUCUCAUUUUGUACCUUAUUUCUCCGGCGAUGGGAGCGCAUUAGUUUAGUGAUUUUCUCCAUCCUGCAGGUGAAGCCCAAACAUGAUCCGUGGCAGCAGAAGCUCUUCACACAGCUGAAGGAGAAGAAAUCUGUGGAUGAGCUGCUGAGGAUGCACAGCAGGUUUCUGCAGGUAACAGCUUUAAAUCAGUGUCUUCAACUCACUCAUUAAAAAAACAUUAAAGAACAAAAACUAACAUACAACAUGAUACAAUACAACUACAAUGAGGUGUCACUCAAUGCAUUUGGUCAAAUCCUCUUGAUAUGUAUGAAUGUACAAGGGAGUGUUAGGGCCACAUUAAGAAAACGUAGUAAGUAAUGACUAUUCUUGUUAGUAAUGACUUUAUUCUCAUAAGAAAUUACUUUAUUAUUGUAACUAAUGACUUUAUUCUUUUUAGUAAUGACUUUAUUCUCGUUAGCAAUGAUUUUAUCCUCGUGAGUAAUGAAUAUUCUCAUUAGUCAUGACUUUAUGCUCAUUAGUAAUGACUUUAUUCUCAUGAGUAAUGAUUUUAUUUUUGUAAGUAAUUACUUUAUUCUCGUUUGUAAUGACUUUGCUUUAUUCUCGUUAGUAUUGACUUAACUUUAGUUGCUAAAGUAAUUACUUUAUUAUGACUUUAGUCUCAAUAGUAAUGUCUUAAUUCUCAUUAGUAAUACCUUUUUUCUCAUUAUUAAUGACUUUACUUUAUUCUCAAAAGUAACUUUAUUACACUACAUUACAUAUUACAUUAUAUUCUCAUCAGUAAUGACUUUAUUCUCAUUAGUACUAACGUUAUUUUCAUUAGUAAUGACUUUAUUCUCAUAAGUAAUGACUUAAUUCUCAUUAGGAAUGACUUUAUGCUUGUUAGUAUUGACUUUACUUUAUUCCCGAAAGUAAUUACUUUAUUACGACUUUAUUCUCGUAAAUUAAUGAUUUUAAUCUCAAAGUCUUCUUUUUUUUUUCUUAAUGUGGCCCUAAUAUUCUGUUGUAUUAAUGUAUUAAUGUAUAAAUGAACAAGUAUCAAUGCCAGGGCACAACUUUGAAAGAUGAAUCACUAAAAUUAUUGACUGAAGACAAAAGCAGAGCAAAAACCACAAAACAGACUAAACUCUGCCUUUUUUUUUUUGCUCUUACCUGCCAUCUUUAACAAGUUUUAUACACGCAAAUGUUUGAAUUUGUUCAGCCAGCAUCUCUAAAACUAACUUUGUCUUCAUAAAGGUAUCAUAUAUAUUUAAUUAAGGUUAUUCUCACCUAAUUGGUUAUUAAUUCAUGCCCACAAAUGACCGCCGUUUCUGUGGCCACGAAUGAGUAACUUUCGGUCACUUCUCUUUGAAGGUGUUGGUGGGGCUUUGUAGAUGUUGAAUUAAUUUUUUAUGACUUGGUUGUUUUGAAGAUAUCAUGGUUAAACAUUUCGCCUCAUUAGGAAGAAUCAGGGGUGAGGCUGACUUGACUGACGGCCAUUGUAGCUGUUAGCUUCAUCUUAGUAGAAAGUGAGCCUGAGUCAGGGUUUCCAUCAUGGCCACUGUCAUCAAUAGGCUGCCAUGAAGCUCUAGUUGUGUUAGUGGUGUUUUCUGUGUAUCUAAUGAGGUUUUAUUUGGUUUCUACUGGUUUAAAAAUCCUCUUCCACCUUUACAGAGUUGUACAAAAUAGGGGAUGUGUCUAUAAACUCUGUGCAUCUGUGAGCAUUCAAGGCAGAUAUAUCUGUGUACAUCAUUUUAUCAGGUCCCCGAUGUUCUCCUCGUGGCUGCAGCUUUAAAAGAACACGCUGUUACUGCUGCAGAUACACAACCUGCACCGACCCCAUCAUCCCCGCUCUGCGGUAACACAAAGAGACACAAGAUCUCUGAGAUCUGGACUAGUGUUUACAGCGCUGCCACUCUCACUCAGGCAUGUAUCAUCCAGUUUUCUGCUCAGAGGGGUCGAAAAAAACAAAUAAAUCUCAGCUCCUCUCUGCGCUUCCUGUUUUUGAAGUCGUUUUUAUUGAAAGUGACGUUUGUCUUGUUAGGAAACAGAUGAUCGGUCAGGCAGAUCUGCAGGCAGAGGAGGAGGUCAGGGUGAGAGACGCCUGAGGAGUCAGAGCUCAAGUGCAGCAAAUAAAAGGUGUGUAUGAUUUUUAAAGCUAGUUAAAGUCAAAUUAAUCUACUAGAUUCUGAUUGAAAUCUUGUAUGUUCUCUUGAUUUGUAAAAGAGUAUUCUUCUGUGCGUCUACUUUUUCUGUAAAAUGCAGCUUCUCUUUGGAGGACAGCCUGCAGCUCUUGGGUCUGGAUGACUCCUUUGAGGACGGGGCCUCAGAUCUAACUGUAACCAGAGGAGCUCACCUGUCCCUGAUUUACCUGCGACAUCUCAAACUCAGACAGCUCCAGGUGAGACAGCACAUAAACAUACUUAUAAGGGGAGACCGGGGCUUGUUGUCACACGGGUAAUUUGUCGCAUCGCAAUUAUCUUUGCCACCAGAGGGCGCAACUUAAAAGCUGAAUUCUAGUUUUCUCCCUUUACAUGGUCAGGGGUUGUGUCCUGUCUGAGAAGAGGAGAAGAGCACAUUGUGAGCUGAGAUGAGCAGCACCAAUUAACCAUUUCGCACAACCCAAAGUUAAAAAAAUCACUUUAUAUAUUUUAAAAUAAGCCUCUUCCAGAUAAAAAUCCUAGCAGUGAUACAUGUGGACUUGUUAGAGGAGAGAUUAAGGCAUCCUGUCAUACCUCAGGCAUUGUUCUGUUUUAAGCUAACUAUAUGCAAGAGCUAGAAUUAGCAAACAUGGUAGUUUGGGGCAACAUGUCUUAGUCAUUUUGGGGUUAGUUGUCACAUAUCUAAAAGAGAUUAAAAUGAACAUAGAGAGUCUGCUUAUCAGCAGUUGUCGUACAGAAACUUUGACGUUAUUUUUACAGAAAAAAAGAGUGGUUCAAAGGAGAGGAGAAAACAAAAAGACAUGGUCAGGAAUUACAAAAGAAAAACAGAACAUGGCAGUGCAGUACCUGAUGUGAUGCUGAGGGUAGUCAGGCAGGUGAUCCUAGCUAAUAAAUCAAUCAGGAGGACAAUAAAGGACUUUAAUGUCACCUAUCAUACCUUGGCUCAGUACUGUAAAACACUCAUCCCAGCCGAAAUCCAGAGUCAGACAAUUAUCCAAACUCCAGAGCAUGCUGCAUAAUAUUUUAUGUUAACGUUUGUUUGAUGACUUUUUCUAGCUCAAUGAUAAACAUUUUCUGUGCCUGACUUUGAUGUUCACUUUCAUCUAAAAAAAAUGAGAACAACAAUUAUUUUGUUCUUGUCCUUGGUGGUGUCACAUGUUCACACUCUCUAUUUGAUUGCUUAUAACUCUGCACUGACACAAGAUAUGAAAAUGACAUAAUAUGAAAUAUAUACCUGAGACUUGAGUCUUUCAUCUGGUCUACAUUUUGUUUAUAUCUGAUGUAUUGAUUUCAAGAAAUAUGUAAGAGUGUACAAAGCGUGACAACAAGCCCCGGUCUCCUCUAAUUACAAAAAAAUAAUAAUAAGGAGAUGACUAUUAAUUUCUGUCCUGUCCAUAGCGUGUCUCUCUUGGGUUGCUGAACUACCUUCGCUCAGUGGAGAGGACUUUGACCUUUGACCUGGCUGGUCUGCAGAUGGAGGAGGGAGAGCUGCGCAGCACAGCGGAGGAAACAGGCUGGAUGAACGCAGCCAGAGGAGGAGGAGGAGGGGAGGCAGGAGGUCUCAGCUCACUCCAGUACAUCUAUAACACUCCUGUCGACUACAGGGUGAGAAAACGUAUCAGAUUAUCCUGAAACUGGUUCUGAAUCAAACGACGCUCUGGAAGGAAAACAUGAGCUGUCUGUGAAACAUUUUUCGAUUGUGAAAACUGUGAAUAACUUCAUCAUUUUUCCAGGUCCACUGCUCAGAGUUCAUGGUGUUUCCAGAGGUGGAGAAUCUUCAUGAUUUCUACAGCGCAGAGGAGCGGUUCAUCCACACUCAGGACCAGAGAGGGUUCUACAUCAUGUACGACGAGGCGCUGAAGGACCUGCAAGAGCUGGAGGAUGAGCUCCUUCUGGUUGGCUCACACUUCAUUCACAGAGACAGGGAGAAGAAGGUGGGAAACACGGAGAGAGCAGACAUCCACGCCUGGGCUGGGACCGAGAUUGAUCGAGUCGCUGUGCUUCUCGACCUGUGGACUUGUGAGACAGAGUUUUUGGAGAACAAAGUCCAGGUAUGAUUUUAAAAACCCUUUCUGUCGGCUGUCUAAUCACUGAAAUACAUGCUGAGUAUGAUCAGACACGGCAUGAGGAGUAUUUCUGUAGGAACGGUCUGAAAUCCAUCAUUUUUUCAUACUUGUCACCAGGAAAAUGUAAAUAUUUUAACCCUAAAGUCUAAAAAUAGGAUUUAUCUUCCUCUUUUUGGAUCUUCAGCUCUUGGACUGUUACUUUGAGGCCUACCAGCACACAGCAGGGACUGAGGAGCGGUUUGCAUUGGCCCGUGUGAUCACAGACAUCAUGCACAGUCGACCACAUCUGGACCUGAACCAGGACUACUUUGUUCAGGUCUAUAGAGCUGAGAUAGACUGCCUGCAGAUCCACCAGCAGCUGAUCAGAAACAUUUUGGACAACCAGGUAAAAAUCUGCAAAGAUGUGAGCAGGAUGCAGAGGUUUGGUGCUGUUAUUUGGAUUUUAAAUGCAAAUGUUUUAAGCAAAAAAAGACGCUAUGUACUUCAUUUUUCCUGUCUUAUAUUUACACAAAGUCAGAGAUUGUGAUAUUUGUCUCAUUAGAUCGAUAAGCAGCGUCAGUAUCUCCAUCGCGUCUGGAGAGACGACCACAAAGGCUCCAGUUCUGACUACGGCCUCCCACCAAACUACACCCCCAAACAUCUGGUCUCACUGGGAGGCAGCAGGUGAGUCGAUGCAGUUUAUUUGCAGCUACUUUUGCAGCCUGUAAUCUUUAUACUCACCUCAUCAUGUUGUGUUUGCAGCCCUGCGCUGAUGGACGUCUUUCUCCUGGAGGUCCAUCCCUCUCUCUGCUUCGCCUCUGCAGUCUAUGAGGGUUUAGUUCAGGCUCACUUUGAGCUCUGUCAGCUGCACCGUGCCACCAGCAGCACGGGCAGACUCAGCCUCAGACAGAAGCUCCUUCAGCAGGCCCUGCAGAGCUGGAGCAACCUGCUUCCUCCUAGAGACUCCUACAGCGCCCAGAUACAGAGAGACGUAAGUUCAGCUCCACCGUGAAGCUGUCUGAGUGAAGUCCAGUUUAAUCUUUCUUUCCUCUCUCAGUUGUUCUCAGACAUGUUUUUUGAGGACCCCAUCCUGGUCCAGAAUUUUGGGCUGUCUUUGGUGAGAUCUGCAGAGGAGAAGGAGAUGAUGCAGGGACGAGAGAAACAGCAUAACGCCGUGGAAACUUUCUCCAAGCUGCUAGAGCUGGUCACCAUCCGCCAUCGUCUUCUGGAGGCGGCCGCAGAGACGGCUCAUCUGACACAGUAAAGAAACAGUUCGUCUGGUCAAGUUUGAUUUUGUCGAAAAGAUGAGAAGCUAAACCAGCCAAGAUGGAGAGCAGAUCACAGACUAACUUUUUUGUUUUCUUCUCAGGUUGUACAGAAACGUGGCCUCAGAGCUCGGAUUUGACCAAUUCCACCUUUACCUGAGGCCGGUGCAGUUUGAAGUCGCUGAGCAGAAAUAUAAAACAGAGCAAAGUCCUGUUUUUAUCACCGCCAUACUUGAAGACGACAGCUGUGUGGACAGGUCCAUAACCUCUGAACGUAGUUUUUGUCGAAGAUUUGUCUCCGAGGACACUCAGACUGUAUGUGGGGUGUUUUUUACUGCAGGUUCAUCCCGUCCCACCUGCCUCUGAGCAUCCAGGAACUGGACGAGAGUCAGAUUGGGCGGUUCAGCUUCAGCUCAGAGGAGUCAGUUACUCACGUGCGUGUGUAAAUAGUACGAUCAUCCUUUGCUGAAGUUAACAGCUUAAAUCAUAAAUCAUCCUUUGACUCACUGUUUGGAUUCUCUUGUCUCCUCCAGCUCAUGACCAGACAGAGUUUAGAAAACCUGCAGGUGACUCUGGCCUGUCAGGUCGCUCAGAAAAACGCUCUGAUGAGUGCUGUGAAGCUGGUUUGUGUGUGUCACUGGGCAGAAACGUCAGCGGAGGUGUGUUUAUUUUUUAAGAUAUUAGGUAGUCAAACAAAAACACUUUUAAUGAAGCUCUUUCGAAGAGCGGUGGGGAUUUUGGCGCCCCCUCUUGACCAAAAUAUUUCAUGGAUUUUGUUCAGAGUAUGCAAAAGUAGCUUAUGUGAGGUUAUGUAACUGUCAGAUUUCUCACUCAACGUUAAAAACCUUCACAGUAAAAAAAUGUAAAAAAAAAGCUUCUUUCUGCUGGAUGUUGUAAACUACAAACAUACGAAUUUUAGGAGGCUAACGGCUAAAUUUUGACAAAAUCGCCUAAUUUGCAUAAUUUCUAAGUCAAACCCACAGCGGGGUGUCUGUAUGUGUCCGGGUUUUUGAUGCACACCGGCUACCUGUUGAGAAAAGUAACAUCGAUGCCUGCUCUCGUGUUAGAGUCUCUAAACUCCAGAAAAAGUCUAAAUCUGUAGCAAGGUGCUUUUUUGAAAACAAGUCGCUAGGGGUCUGAAAAGUCGCUAAAUUUAGCGACAAAGGUGCUAGGUUGGCAACACUGGACGCCACAGUACAACGCAUCAAUUUAGUGCAGCUACAGAGUAAAGUAUUUGGUUGAUUUUCAAAAUAAAAUAAAGUCAAUAUGUUGAACUGUUCUUCACGUGAUAAUGGGAGGGGCCAGGGUUGUGGGAUGUGGGUGUUUAUAUCAACCACUGAUCUCAUUUAAUGUCUUAUGGUGAAACACGUGAGAUCUUGGGAGAUCUUGUCCAGUCUCGUGAGAAAUAUCAGUAAUAUCGGAGCGGAUUGGAUCCGGUGGGCGCUGUAUGCUUGCGUUUUUAAUCCGCCUAUAUUUGCAGAGCAUAGCUGAUCUGCAUGUGGUGGAAUCCUGGUGUAAAAGGAGCUGUAUAUGUCCUCAAAGAUCAAAGCUGUUAUUCCUGACAUUUUUAAGUGUAACCUCAUGUCAAAAAAAUCACUCACAGGAGCUUUAAAAGAGGUGAGAAAAGUAGAAAAUAUAUAUAUAUUUUUUCUGUUCCGUUGCUUAUCUUACCACCGCACCACUCGUUGGUUUGAAACCACUGAACUUGAACAUUGAGUCGUCUAUAAAGUGAUUCUUAUUUCCCCACACUUGUUUUGUUAAAUUUAUGACUGAAUAAAUAAACCGCUCUUGUAAUGUGUUUCUUUCUCACUUCAGUCCACGAUUGAAGCCACUCAGUCUAAUAAAAAUGUAGAGUGUGACUCUGGGAGAAACACCAAAAACUCUCCACCCUCUGAAGACGCAGUAAAAGCUCCCGCCACGUCCAGAAAGAGGUAAUUUCUCCAAUCGAGGGGCAAAUAACUCUGAGGAUGAUAAACAGCUCUGUAAUUCUGCUUUGAUAAACAGAGUCGUGUUUGUUUCUGCAGGCUGAUGGAAGCUUUCGUGUCCAUCCAGCUGGAAAAAGUGGGUCUGCGUGACGAGAUGCUGAAUUCAUUUAUGGAGAAGAAACGGGCCAUGGGGGGUCUUAUCAAAACUCCAGUGAGUUACACACUGAGGUUGAUCUUCAGGCAUCUGAGCAGGAUAAUAAAUGUGAUCGUUUGUCCAUGAAGUCAAAUUCAUUCAUCUGUUGUUGCAGGAUGAAGCAGCAAAGAUCAAACGGAGCCUCAUAAUUGACUUUCUCAGGAAGUAAGCUCAUGAAAAGUGUCUGAAUUUCUUUGUUUUUAAGACAACAUACAUUUCUCCUCACUUUGGAGGAGAGCAGGUGGGAGGUAAAUUCUAAAUCUAAAUUUUUCACCCGCAGGUUCAGCUCACGGAUAUCUCAGUACUGUGUCAGAGCACAGAUUGUUGCAUAUUACCACAGCCUCAACUCACUUUUAGAGGACGUCCCCUCCGUCAGAAAGUCCUACUUCACCAUGGGGCGAGCAAACGAUCACAAAGUCAGUCCAGAGUCACAAGGAGACCUUAGUCCUGACUCCAGAGAUGACCACCACCACCAGCAGCAGCAGAAGCAGAGGUUGUUGUCUGCAGACGGAAAAACUGUCCCAGACGUGUGGUUCAUCCCUCAUUUCUCUGAAGUCCUGCACAUGUUCAAAUCAGAAAGAAUUUCAGUAAGUUUUUAUCAAUCAAUCAUAUGAUACACUUAAGUCCAUGACUGUCCUUGUUUAUUGAGUUUAAUCUGAUGCUUUUAUUUUGAAAUCCUCCCUGCUUUCUCGAAUAAAAGACUCUCCUGUUGUUCUCUUUUUGGACAGACCUGUGCCUCAGCUCUUCACCACGCUCUACAGAUAGCUUCAGCUCUUCAUGACAUACUUUAUUACCUGGUUAGUUUCUCCAGACUGGGAAACACAGAUGACCCGUUUAGAUCCAGGAGGAGAGAGGACUCAGAGGGCUCACUGUCAGCUGACUGGGGAGGACCUGAAGGAAUUGGUGAGUGAAUCUUGUCAGAAAAACCAUCACAGGUCUGUUUCUAUUUUACCUGCUUAGAUUUUGUUUUAUUAUCGGAGCCAACGCUGAUAUUGGCAUGAUCAAUUGACUCUUAAUACAGGAGCAGAGCUGCAGGAGAUCCAACACCAGGUUGACUCUUUGUCUGAUCCCAGCAGCUCAGAGUCCGUCUGCCGUCUGCUGCAGCUGCGCAGGAACGUGGUCCUGCUGCAGUUUGAUACAGCCGUGCGACACCUCAUCAGGUCAGAGUGGAGAUCAGAUCAUUUAAGUUUUGUUUUUUAUAAGACUGAUUCAUCAUGGUUAAAGGGAUAUAUCAGCGUAAAAUUAAUUUAGGGUCAAACACACUGUAACACUGAGUUAAACACCCCCUCGAGAGAUGAAUGUUGCCGACCAUUUGCUUCUCUAGUUCUCUAGUUUAAGUAACGACCGCAUGAUAGCAAUACACAACGGUCUGAGGAGCCAUAAACAAACAUCAACCAAAACGCCACUCUAUAGCCCCAAUAAUGCUCAGAACAGCACCUAACUUCAUCAACAGGACAUAUAGGGUCCCAGCCACAGCACUAGACACCAAACAUCUUUUUAACUUUGACUCAUUUCUUUAGAAAAGAGACUAAACACAACUCACCUUCUCUCUUCCAGCAGCCGCUUGUUUGUAGCGAGACCUCAGUCAGUCCAUUACAGACUACAGCGGGGUGACGCAGCUCAAGGAAGAACAUUUAUGAUCAUUACUUUAUCAUUUCCUUGAAGUAAUAAUCACCAUAUUAAUAAUUUUGCACUGCAGACAUGGUAGUUCUUCUGCCUUAUCGUCUCGGUCUGAUUGUAUUGCCAUGAAGAAAUGAUCAUAAAUGUUCUUCCUUGAGCUGCGGCACCCCGCAGCAGCCCCUAAUGGACUGGCCCGAGGUCUCGCUACAAACAAGCAACUGCUGGAAGAGAGUAGGUGAGUUGUGUUUAUUCUCUUUGCUAAAGAAAUCGGGCAAAGUAAAAAAGAUGUUUGGUGGUUAGUGCUGUGUCUGUGACCCUAUAUGUCCUGUUGAUGAAGUUAGGUGCUGUUCUGAGCAUUAUUUGUGGCUAUAAAGUGGCGUUUUGGUUGAGGUUUGUUUAAGGCUCCUCAGACUGUUGUGUGUUGUUAUCCUGCGGUCGUUAAUAAAGUUGGUAUAACUAGAGAAGCAAGCGGUCGGCAACAUUCAUCUCUCGACGGGGGUGUCUAACUCGGUGUUGCGGCGUGUUUGACCCUAAAUUAAUUUUACGCCGGAAUAUUCCUUUAAUGUUUCUUUAUGUUCAGGGAGGCGUUUCUCUCCUCACGGGAUGUGAAUUCGUAUCAAAGUGUGACCGACAACAUGGUGAACGCCCUCCCUCUGCUGAGCGACAGCAUCCGGUUUGACCUGAUGAGUCUCAAUCUCCGAGUUCCUCAACCUCUGCAGACCCGAGGCAGUCAGGUGGGACUUCAAUGAUGAGAUUUGAUCACAGGUUUUGUUGGUUUUAACUUUGAUAUUUUACCUCAGGACGUUGCCCCUCUGUACAGGCACAGAGGAUGUUUCCAUGGAGGACUUUCUUGGCCUGUCAUGGAUGGUUUCCUCUGCAUGUUUGGAGCCUCCCUCCCAUUGAAUACUGCAUGCAGGUUCAACAUCUUAAACCUGAACCAUUGAGCUGAGUCUGGAUUUAGUCUUUAGAUGUAAUUAUAAAUAUGUAAAUGUUUCUCUGCAGCUGUGUCUGAGCGGUCUGAACAAUCGCAGCAGACUGCAGGCCAACGCAGCGACUCUGGGUGUCUCUCUGCUCAUGGAGGAUGUCCUAAACAGUGGACAAGAGGCGGGGCCUGUUUAUCUCCAUGGCAACAAGGAUGACCUCCAGCAAAAUGGAAAACCUGAAGAAGUAAAAGACUUUUUUUUAAUUAGAUUAUAGUUCAAAAGGCAAACAAAGCUGCAUCUGAUCAUGAGUUGCUUGUUUCAGACGGAUAAACUCAGUGAGGAAGCUGAUGAUGAAGAAAAAGCUUCUGUGUCAGUCUCCCCUCCUCGUCUUCAGGAUCCGAUCAGGGUUCAAUCUGUGCUGAGAGGUUUCCUCCAGCUGACCAAGCAGCUUCAGGUGUUUAAGGAGAGCUGGGCUCGAACUCGUCUCGGUGUUCAAGUGUUCACAUCGCCCAGUUUGUAUCAACAGUUUGUCAAACUUUACAGGUACGAGAUCCAUCAGACACUUGGAAAACCACAUAAUAAUAAUAAAUCCCUCAAAAAUAUUCUCUUUCUUCACAGGGCAGAAAUCUUCUACCCCAGUAUGAGAGCUCUGGCUCGACAUUUGGGUAAAGAGAGGGACUAUGAGGUUUUAGUUUCAGGUAGUCAGUCUCUCCUGCCUCCUCCAGGAGCUUCAGAGGUGGAUGUGAAAACCUGGCAGGUACAGUACUCUCAGUAACUGAAUAAAACGACAUCUUGUUUGUCUUUUUAAUAAAAGUUGAUCCUCUAUCUUUAAGCUUCACAAACUGCUGGAGAGCGGUCCAGAGGAGGUUGAACAGAGAGGCCACUUUGGUGCUUUCAGAGAGGACUCGACAGGAUACAAACCUCCCCACAGGUACGGGGAAAAGCACAGGAGCUCAAUGCGUGAGUGUUUCAUGAAUCAACUGAAACUUCACUGACUGUUGUCUGUGUGCGGUCAGAGCUGUGGAAGAAAUCCACAAUAAAGUACAAUUCAUCCUCGGAGCGGCCGCAGAUUGUGGAAACGUUCAUUCAGCAGCUGAUGGAGGGAGUAGAGGAGGCUGAGGGGAAGGUAAUAAUAACCUUUGAUGACCUCCUACAGAUCUUCACAUGAAGAGUAUCUCAACUCUUGAAUCUCUUCUUCCAGCUGUGUUUCUCUCAGGAUCACCUCCAGCAGACUCUCUCUCAGCUCGGCUGCUCGGUGAUGGAGCGAGAGCGUCGCAGCUUCCUGCUGCACUCACAGUUUUAUGAACAGAUCCUCCAGCAGGAGACUCAGCUGCUGCAUCACAGGGAACAGGUACGUGAUCACAUCAUGCCCUCUGUUAGUGGACGGUAAAUUUCACCAUCUUUUUACUUACAGAGUCAUGCCAGUAUUUUCCUUUCAUGCUGUAUAAUUUCACUGUCUUCUGCUCCGUUUUAAACUUCAGGAUUUAAAGCGUCUGAAGGACUCUCAGAGCAGCAACACUCACACAGAGGUAACUGCUGUAGUAAUAGCUCUUUUUUGAUCAUAUAAAUAAGUUUGGGAGUAGGCCUGAACGAUAUAUCGUUUGACUAUCGUCAUCGCGAUGUACGUGUGUGCGAUAGUCACAUCGCAGAGCCUGCGAUAUUGGAGGUGAAUUAACUCAUUUAAUUUCAAGGGUCACCGACUGAGAUACACUCCAUGUGACUCUGCAUGUGCUGUGCAGCGAUCCACCAAUCACCUUCGUCCUUAACUCAGUUGCCAAUCAGACUCACUUCUCAGUUGCCAAUCAGACUACCCUGCCAGCUGUCAAUCAAAAUCAGGGAGGAGAAAACCCACCCCUGCACAUGUUCUGCACAUGGAGGGAGACGUGUGUCCGCUGAGAAUUACUUUCGGAACUUUACUCAUGACUAUUAAGCCCAACAAAUAAGAACUGUAUGGGUUUUAAAUUGUACAUUUCCGUGGACCACUCUACUAUAAGCAGUGCGCGUUUUGCGAGGUGCAUGCAAUUCUCGGAGGACAUGCGUUUCUCGGCACAACACCGCUAACAACAACAACAACGAUCGCAAAAUGAACAACGAACAAGCGAAAACCACCGAAAAUGAAGAUUUGUCGCCAAAAAGAAAAUGAAAGUCAGUUAUCUGGAAUAAUUUCGGUUAAAAGAAGGAUGAUGUCGACCAAAACACGUCUUCUGUGUUCAUCUGUCGCCACAAUAACGUCCCAGCACAAUAAAAGCUAAAAAUAUCUCUGAGACAGACAGAAGCCAUUCCAACAUUCACAAAAAGAGGUAAGAUCAGAGCAGAUUAACUGUCCUCAAGAUUUCAGCAGUGCAGUAUAACAUUAAGUGCUAUUCAGGUCAUCUGGUGAAAAUACUGUAUUUUUAAUAUCGAAAUAUAUAUCGCAGGGUUGAAAAAAUCGCAAUAUUAUUUUUUUCCAAUAUCGUGCAGCCUUAUUUGCGAGAGAUAUUUUUGCAAAAUGAGACUCCAAUCCUAAUUUGAAGCAGUCAGUCAGUCUGCCUCAAAACUUGCCAGCAGGGGGCAACUGAACCGUCUACACCAAGACACCGGAAAAGUGAGAUAAUGACUGAGCAGCCAAGUGCAUUUCUGACCUCAUUGAAGACUAAUGAGUCCUGUUUGUGUUGGACAGGUGUCCAACGGUGUGUGUCGUAGGCUGAUGCUGGAGAUCUCAGCGCUGCAGGCUCAGGUGGUUUACCUGGAGGAGGAGGAGAGAACUCAAGAGGAGAGACUCGGUCUGAAAUUCAGAGAGCAGUACCAGCCUUUGAUUCGACACCUCUGCUCCACCUGCAUCCAGCUGAAGGUAACACAGUUCAGCUAACUUCAGUGAAUUUACUCUGUCAGGAAAGAGUGAACAAAUUGAAGUUAUGACAUUAUCUCCUCUGUGUAUUUAAAGUCCCACUCCGAUGUUUUUUUCUACUACUAAAAGUGUUCUCAGUGGUCUUUAAAUUAUGAUUAUGAAGCUUUUACCAAAAAUCACAUUACCUGUGUCAUUUUCGCCUCUGAGUUGUGGACGGAGACAUCACUGCUCUGCACACUCGUCUUCACGCUGGCUGGCAGCCUAACUUUGCUUGUGUAGUAGAAGUGUCAGGUAACAUAGAAGCUAUUCAGCUCUCAGACACUAUAGUCUUUAGGGACAUGAUAAAAGCUAAUCAGCUUUCUUACGAGCAUUGCAAUGCACGCUUGUUCCGCGAUUGUCCUCUCUACUUCUCCGACUCUGGCCUGGCCCAUAGCGAGGCUCUGGGGGCGGAGCUUGGAUUUGUUACAUAUGAAAUCCCACUGUUUCUCAGAAAUGCGAUUUCGCACUUGUUUUCCUCAUGAUAUGUCCUGUAGUGUCAGAAAAAUGCAAAAUGAACAUAUUAAAAACAAGGAAAACAUGAUUUUUAUCGGAGUGGGUCUUUCAGCAGUUCUGUUUUUCUCUACUGUCUACGUUUCAAUUUUUGCAUCCUUUUACUCCGUAUCUCAGGGAAGACUCGAUGAGCAGCGUUUGCAGAUGGAGGAGGACAUGAGUGAGAUGAUGAACAGAGUAAGAGGCGAGGGAGUGGAAAGAAUAAUCAAACUGAAGAGGAAAUACGGCUGCACCAAAGACAACGAUGGACUCACAAACACAAAACUUCAGGUACAGAGCUGCAGAGAUUUGGAUUAAACACUAAAUCCAGGUGCUUCUUGCAGAAGCUGACUGUUUACAUUGUCUUUUCUGUCUCUUUCCUGCACGGUCAGAAAGAAGAGGUCCAUGAGCUGCAGCAGGAGAACAGGCGGCUGAGCGCUCUGCUCUGUAAACUCAGAACUCUGAGGGUCUGGAGGCAGCUGGUGGAGCAGGAGAAACUCCACCGACAGCUGCUUCAAGCUCAGCAGGUCGGCUUUAGAGUAUUUCACUCUCUGACAUUACACGCGAAGAUACAGCUCCACAACAGCAUUAUAUGGGCAGUUAUUCCAUGUUUUAAGUUGACUCAUAAGUCUCCACAUCACAUGAAGGAAGAAUAACAGCUGUAUUCAUUCUCCUUACAUGCAGAAGGAGAUCGCCUGCCGUUCUCAGGCUCUCAGAGUGAAGAUGAGAGCAGAAGAGGAGGCGAUCCUCCUGCAGGAGGAGUUGGAAGCAGCGAGGACGGAGUUAACCCGCUGUCAGGCUGAAUGCAGCCGCAACAGGACACUGCUCAACAGGAAGGUACGUGAAGUUUCUGCUGCGUGAAUGUUCAACAGAAUCAGCAAAUCUGAACCCAGAUGUGACGUAAAAUCUGUUAUAUUUAAGCUUGAAGGUUAGAAAAGUUUCUCAGAUACAUCCCCUUAAAUAACCGAUGAUUUUUUUGUCUUGACUUACAACUUUGUGCAUUUCAUACAAAAACAGGCAGAUGAAAAUCUAGAGCAUGUAGGCCAGGACGCAUCUGCAAAGAUUGCUUUGAAGCCGGGACCAAUGAAUGUUUGUUCUUAUGGUUGUUGUUCAAUAUAUUGAAUUUUUAAGGAUCCUAUUCUGGGAAACUGACUCAUUGCACCAUCAAUUUACAAAGCAGGAAGUUGAAAAUGUUGAUUUUAGUUUGGGGUAGUGAUGAGGUUUCUGUUUGUCUUUCUUUAUGAGAAUUUAUCCGGCUGUUUUGGGGUAAAAGUUAUUUUUACAAACUCUGAAUCAAGUUUACUUCGAUAAACUUUGACUUCUGUUAAACUUCAACAUCAUGAGCAAUGACAUUUCCAAAAUUUCCAUAAUGUCAGCCCCUGUGAGAGUGAGAAACUGUGAGGCUGAGCUUAUCACUAAAUCCCCGCUGACACUCAGACAGAGGAGCUGCGUGUCGCCCGGCAUCAGUCUGCUCAGGAGGCCCGGAGCCGGCAGGAGCUGGACAGCUAUCGCGUGCAGAGUCUGGAACAAAUGAGAGCGGACGUGGAGGACAGAGAGAGACGGCUCAGAGCGCUCGGCGAGCAGCUGGACCGAGGCAGCAGGAUGGACCAGAUACACCGCCAACGCAGCGCCAAAGAGAUCCGACAGGUCUGUAAAUGAUCUCUGCUGGAGUAACGUGUGUGUGUCUGAUGAUCUCCAAAAACCUCAUUGUGGAGCAUAUGCAGAAAGGGUUUAACCUUCACCUUGUAGAGGUCACUGAAGGUGUGACAUUGAUCAGCAGUAUCAUGUGAAACAAACAAUAACUCUGAUUUCUGAAACACUGAUGUAGAUGAGGGAUAAGCUCCAACAUGAGCGCAGCUUCAAACGGGGAGCCUUACAGGAAGUGGUCCGACUGCAGACCAAGGUGAACGACAUGGAGGAGGCUCUCUCCAGGAGCAUCUCUACAGCAGGUACUCUUAAAGGGCUAGUUUGUAGUUUUAGUCUUUGUCGCAAUAUAUAAGCAGUUUAUUUUUAUUUUUUGCAUUACUGUAUUUUUGCUCGCUUUAUCUUGUCCUUUGAUUGUUUUAUUUGUUUUUAUGUGUCAUUGUACAGCACUUUGGCUACCCUCAUGGUUCUUUUAAAUGUGCUAUAGAAAUAAAGUUGAUUGAUUGAUUGAUUGAAUAUAUAAGCAGUUAAUUCUACCACAGAUGAUAUACAGUGCUCAGUACACCCCUUUAGAGUUGUCAGAAAACCUUUAGUUUCUUUUCAAAAUCAACAUUUUCUAUGUCAGACUACACAACAAAAUACUCCCCCAAAUGUAGGCCGUUGAUUGCAAACAAGCUUUUUAAGUUGCAUGAAAAAAAAGCGUUUUUUCAAUUUAAAAUCAGGAUUCAAAAAUUAGUACACCCCAAUCAAAGUUCUGGGAGCAAAGCUAAGUUUUACUUACCAAAUCACCUUUAUUUUCAUCUUAUGGUAAAUAAAAUGUUUUGUUGUCAAAACUUCAGACAUUGUACUUUUGCUCAUCUAGAUAUUGAGUUCUACAUUACUUUUAAUAAGGGUGUACUGACUAAUGUUGGGCGCUGUAUAAAUGUAAAGUAUUUAUUCAGCGACGCAUCUGCUGUCUGUUUCAAACACUUGUAUAAUUUUCAUUAUUAUUAUUAUUAUUAUAACCUUUAUUUAUCCAGGUUUGUCCCAUUGAGGUCCAAGAUCUCUUAUGUAAGAGAGACCUGGCCUUGAAUGGCAGCACAUGUAUUUUCAAUACAUAAUCACAUUAAUCCUAUCCAAUACAAAGAAUACAAACAAUAAUAGAAUUUCCAAAAUUAGUUAAAAGAAAUGAAGCACAGCAGUAGUUCAGGCAGGUCACGGAGUCAAGCUAAAAGCCACAGUCAGCUAAUCUUAAGCCAGCCCUCAGUCAGCUGACAGCUCAGGUGAUCGCCUUCUUCACAUCCUAUUGGCUGAUGUCAAAAUGGCGCCCUAUUUAAACUGCUGCUCCUGCCUACUCUGCAACCACUCUGCAAACCACCUCCACCCUAGCUCCUACUGUUUAUGCUGUGUCUGAUCUUACCAUUGUCAUAUGUAUUGUCCCUGAUGCUUGCUCUGUUCUGUGGGGGGAUUUUAAUUUAUUUAUCUUUACCAGACUUUGAAGUUUCAGGUCUGAUUGCAAGAUGUUCCAUGUACUCAGAGCAGGAAAUCUAAAAGCUUUCUUCCCCAUUUCUGUUCUGACCUUAGGAACAGUAAAAUGAUAAAAGUCCUGGGAGCAAAGACUGUAGGCCUGAUUAUUGAAUCGUGAAGCCAACAUAUAAUUAAUUAAUGCAUCUCCUCUAUGACUGAUUAUAUCUGCGGAAACUUCAUCUCUGUAAAUCACAUAAUUAACUUUUUAAGCUGCUAAUGCUGUUUUCAUAACGAUAAGACGGUACAUCCUUAUUUUUACUCUAAAAUUUGAUAUUAGUUAAGAGUGAUGGUGAUAGUUUGUGGUUUCAGACCUUGAGAUGCGUGUCCUUUCAGCUUUUUUGUUUUUCUGAUUGAAUUCAGAAUCUUCUCUGUGCCUCUCAGUUUCUCCAGAUAACCGAGUCUCACAAGAGUUUCUCCGUUUACUUCUUAUGAUUCGUCUUGACGUUUCACUCCUGGUUCUAUCACAGGGCAGAGCAGGACUUAUUACACGCUGUCAGUCAGCCGAUUGAGUGCUAGAAGUCCCUCAGCAGGUACUGCACCCUCCACAGCCUCACCUCCAUCUCACAGCGUUAAAGCAAUAAUCUGUUCACAAAUCAAAACUCCUGACUUUUAUUCCUACCUGCUCAUGCGGUUCAGAAGUUAAAUUAAACCCAUCACGUUCUCCAGUAACUUUUUGUGAUGGCAUUUUAAAUUCUAUUACAGAUCGUGUUAUCGCCUCGCUGUGCGGAGAGGUAGAACUCCAUCUCUGUUCUAUUUCUGUCUCAGGUUCACGCAGGGCCGCUCAGCAGUCGGCCCCGCCGCUUGGCAGAAUCACAAACGACGGCACGCUUCAGGACUUGGCUGCAGAGAGACGACGACAGAGAGCGGAAACAGCCGGGAGCCGUUCACAGGCACGGAUAGACAGACCUAAAGCGGUGAGUUACAGAGACACAGAGGAGUACUUUCAAAGUUCAGUGAAAGUUUAAACACCUCAAACUGCUGACUUCCUUUUCUUUCCUUUUACCAAGCGAAUCAUAAAAUAACACGAUCAUGGAUGAGACUUUUAUUAUUCUAUGGCAUGAGUUUUAUUUUUGUACCUUCCAGUUGUUUCAUGCUAAAAAUUGAGCUCUGACGCUGAUUCUAAGUUCAUACAAAACUGGAUUUUUUUAAGUGCAUUUGUGUUUUUAUAGGAUUUAUUCUCUUAUAUGAUCCAAGACUGUAACUGUUUUUAAUUGAACUUAGGCUGCUGUGAGAAAAAGACAGCCUUCAUUCCCCUCAGUCUUUUUUGUUUCCCAAAGGAUCCAACUCGCCCGCGUGUCCUGACUUUACCAGACCUGUGACAUCCACCCAGAGUGUUUUAGAAAGACACCGACUUGUUUAAUAUGUACGCUGCUUUUCCACAUGAAGAACGCUCCGUUUUCAGCUGAUUUCUAAUAAAUGAUGAAUCUGAAUCCAACGAUCAACUGUGUUUUAACAACUGUAUGUCAACCUUAGUGAUGGUCAAGCUCAUUUUUAUUAAAAAGAGACAUGUCACCGCCCUCUUCGACUCUGACUGUCAUCACGCUGUAUUCACACGACAGUGCAGCACUAAUAUACUUCUCAAUCCCAGCAGUUUUACAUGAUUGUGUUAUAGUUUGUGUAAAAAUGUACUCAGCCUUUAAGUCUCCACUUUCCAAAAAUGCCUUUUGCUCACAUUUGAUUAUUUGUCUUUUUUUUUUACACUUGAUUUUUCCCAAACCGAUGCUUGCAUUUCAUGUCCAGCAAAGUGUGAAAAUAAAGAACCUGCGUGAGACUAAAAUCCGCUAAAGCUGACAGUUAGGAUACGUUCAAAGAUCAAAUGUGAAGCAGUGAUUAAAAAUCACACUGCAUGUACCAACUAGCAGCCACUUAAACCAAAUGAAGUUAUGAGGUAUCGUGUUGAGAGGUACGUGAGAGAAUAGCAAGUCACCAGAGCCUCAGUUUCCUGGAGUUAUCUAGAAAAUUCAGUGAAAUCCAUGAGUGAAAGAGGCUCAUGAUACUCAAGUCAAAAAAGUCUCCACACUGAUUUUGAUGGUGCUCAAAUACAAGGUGUAAUUCCCCCAUUAUCAACCUGACCUGUAGCAGCAUUCUCAGACCUGAUUUGGCUCCUUUCAGUCACUCCACCCUCUCUCAGAUCAGCUCUCCUGCAGCCCUGUGGUGUACAGAUACGACACAGUCCCAGCCUGGAUCUGGAACGUCUGUCCCUGGAUGUGGUGGUUGGAGAUCUGCUGGCUGGUCUGGCUGAUGGAGAUGGGCUGGCUGCUCUGGCUGCUGAUGUGAAUAGCCUGGUUGUGCUGUUCUCUUCCCGCCUGCCCCUGUGAAGACGCCGGCUGCUGCAUCACCUGCAGCUGCUGGACGGGUCUCUGUGUGAUCUGAAGGGGCUGCGGGGGGCCGUGUUGCGCCUGCAGGUGCUCCAUGGCUUCUUUACUCAGUGUGAUGACAUGCAUCUGCUCGGGCUGGUGCGUCACCUGACCCUCCAGCAUGCUGAUAGUCUGGAUCUGAGGAUUCUGGUCCGCCAUGCUGCCCUGUGUGACCAGAGCAACGUUCUGUAUGUUACCUGCUGAUUGGGUGAGGAGGGUGAGUCUGGAGUGGGCUGAUUCUGCGCUCUCCCCCUCUGUGGUGAUGAUGCUGAUCUCUUGGUUCUGACCCUGCACAAAGUUAAUGUUGUCCACGUCUGCGGUCACCACCAGCUGGAUUUCCUGUUCAGAGGAGGAGGGCAGCUGGUAGGGCUGCAGCUGCAGGAUGUUUCUCACCUCCUCCUGCGGUGCUGCAGCCUCUGCUUCUGCUGCCCCUGGCGGGUCCUCCGUCGCUGAAGCUCUUUCCUUGUUGUGGGUUUUGGUGUGUGUUUUCAGGUUGUCCAGGCGGGUGAAGGAGAGGCUGCAGAAGGAGCAGGUGAAAGGUUUCUUCCCUGAGUGAGAAGCGACAUGUCGACGCCUGGCACUGGGGUCUGAGAAGGAUUUGUUGCAGAUGUUGCAGUCGUACGGUUUCUCUCCUCUG